GAGCCGGCAGCUUGCAACGCGAGUGUUGCUGCCGAGUAGAUUCGAGUUCUGUCGUCGACCGAGGCGUAGAGAGAACAGACAUUUCGUGAACCGUAGCAGGCAGAACGAGUCUGCCGCGGGACCAUCGUUAUUCUACUUUACACGAAGGAAACCGGAGGUGGGUCGGGUGGAGCGACUCCAAGCUUAGACGAGGAGCCAGACCGUUGGGAGACAGACUGUCUUCGAUUCGCAUUACGGCUUUCUUCGACAGACACUUUGCCCUCGCUGCAGCGUUGCACUUUCCGCGGAAGGAGAAGCCUUCCCGGAUACCUGUCGAGAGUUAGAACAGGGCAACCGUGCCACGUAACAAGUAAUGAGUACCACGGAUCCUACCGGCGAGGGCGGAGGGGGAGGGGAGAGGACUACGAUAUCGUCAACAAAUAUUGAACAAAAUAUAUCUCCGGUUACACCGGUAACCGGUAACGUAAUGCCACCAGGCUCUCAACAGCAACAUCCACCACCAUCGCCUCUAAGUGGUUGUUACCUUCUCGUUGUGCUUCCAGAGCCUCAUACCGCGCAACAUAAAGAUCUCAUCUUGAACCGCCUCUCGAAAGGUUUCCUGUCAUGGGACAAGGAUAGUUGUCACGUAGAUUUAGAGAAAGAAUUACUGGCGUUGGUAGCACAAGCACCAGAAGGAGAAGAAGCUCGGAACGGCGAACGACUGAUCCAAUACGCUACCGAGAAUCUUGUUACGGAAGUUCUCAUUCACCCGCAAACAAACACAUUAUUACAAUGUAUCCGCAACCUACUCGCGAGUUUCACGAAACAUCGACACAUCAUACACGCCGGCUAUACCUUUGGUGGAAAUGGUUCCUGGAUACUGCAAGAUGGAACCUUCAGCAUCGCCGACUUUUUGGAUGCGUUCAGCGAACACGAGGUGCAGAGAGUACUUCGCGCUUACGAGAACAGCGUUACGGUGGACAUUCAUUGCGCGGGUGUUGGCGAUUGGACAACAAACCGAUUGUCGAAAGAAGCUUGCACCAGAUCGUGCAGAGUCCGAGUAAAUCCCGAUGACGUUCUUACCGCCGGUGUGCCGGCGAUCGCGAGUUUCACCAACUAUGUUGGACAGUACCUGGUGGCUCAGACCCUGGACCAGCUUAUGGAGCCGUCCGACGUUGUGGGCAACAUUCGAUUCAGUCAUCCAACUUUAUACGUCUUCCCCGGCGGACAAGGAGACGCCGCCCUUUUCGGCAUAAACGGUUUUAAUAUGCUCGUGGACGGAGGGUUCGCCAGAAAGGCAUGCUUCUGGGACUUUACCAGGCACUUGGAUCGCCUCGAUGCCGUUUUAGUCACUAGAAUAAAUAACAGUAACGUUGGGGGCAUGUACAGCGUUGUUCGCAAAAAGAAGGAGAUGCACGUUUAUCCACAAAUUGGACACUUUUUCUGUAAUCUCGUCGAGAGAAGACAAUCCAAUUCACCGGACGGGGACAAAGAUAUCGAUCCGUUGAUUCUGAAUCUCACCGACAUCGGGCAGGAGAUGGUCGCCAAUCUUCGUCACAUUAAUUUACGGGCGCACCCGUGCUACAGGGAUCCCGAUCCGAUAAAUCUGUAUCACAAAGUGGGCCACGGUACCCUGGACAUGUACGUUCUCAGCCCCAGCAAAGAUAGCCGCGAAGUUAGGGAGUUCCUAGCGAAAUGGCAUUCGGCGGAUUCAAAGUUAUUCGCGGGUUCCCACAAGAAAGACUCGAACAAUUUAACGUUCCCGAUACAGAAUCUCGUGUCGAUAUGCGUUCUGUUGGUUUGGCAACCGGCCAACCCCGAGGACACCAUCACGAGAAUCCUGUUCCCCGGAAGUACGCCACAGCAUAAGAUUUUCGAAGGUUUCGAGCGACUGAAGCACUUGGAGUUCCUAAAGCACCCAGUCUGUUCCGCCAAGAGUCUUUCUCCGUCCACGUCGUUGGCGACUCUGCGCGACAAACCGGCGAAACAGAAGUUGAGCCUGAUAGACAAGGAGCCGACGAAGAAGCUGUCGGACACGAAGAAAGAGAAGAGAGAAUCGGCCGAGGUGAAGACGACGAAGGGCGAGGACUCGCAUCCGAAGAGCAUAAUGCAGAGCACACCGAUCAUAUCGACGAAACCGCAGCCGGGCAAGAUCGAGGUGAAAGCUAAGAAGGCGGCGGAGAACAAGAAGAUAGAGGUGGAGGCGAAAGAGAGCAAGAAAAUCGAGAAGGAGCUGAGAGAGGUGAAGAAGGAGGUUUCGAGGAGAGAGGUGGCGACGAAAAUUGAGAAACAAGCAGCCGAGAAACAGACGGAGAAACCGGACAAGACCGAGGAGGAGGGUGGCGUUAAGAAAGCAGAGCUUCAGGGUAAAUCGGAGCUAGAGAAGAUGGCCCCUCCGAAAGAGUCCAAGCACAAAGGCGAGGCGAGAAAGAAGGAACCGAAGGAGACGAAGGUCGGCGUGAAAGUCGUCGGUAAAGUCGGCGAGUCGCUGAAACCGAAACUAACCGAGAAGAAGACGAAACAACCGAUCAAGGAGACGGGCGUGGUGAAGUCGUCGCCGACCACGCCGAAGAAGACGGUGAACGGCGUCGCGUCCAAGACGGAGAUAAUGAAAGUGAGCGUACCGCGGUCGAAACCGUCGACAGGGCAGAAAAUUGGAGCGGCGCCACCGGCGAAGAGCGCGAAAGACGCGAACAACAGGAAAGUCGUGGAGCAGAAGAAGAUUGAGAAGUCUGGCGCGAAGGAGACCGCGGCUGGCGCGUUGAAAGUGUCCGCGAAACCGAAACUGAUGGAACGGAAGCCGAUCGGUCGUCGCGGUAAACCAGUCAGCCCUAGCAAAGCCCGUGUGCCCGGAAGUCCGGCGAAAUCGACACGCAGCACGCCGACCACGUCCGUGAAAUCCGACAAGGACGGUGUGAUUCGUAAACCGAAGGGCGACAAAGGCACCACCGAUUCCUCGACGGUGUCCACGCCGUCCGGAAUCGAGCCGGAAACCGCGGCUGCGGAGGUCGAGGCCAGACUGGUCGACAAGAGCCUGAUCGAAAAGUCCGAGGACAUUUCGUUGGACUCGAUCGAGAGCAAAGUGUUGGCCGAUCUGAAAGAGGAGCGUGAGGUCGUCGAGGAGAUCGAGGCUGUUCUCCAGAAGGCCGAGAGGAUCGAGGAGACCAGGAAAGACGAUCGUUUCGAGGGCGACGACGAAAUCACGGCCGAGGUUACCGAUAAAAAGGAAGAAGACAUCACCGAGGAAGACGUUACCGCUGAAAUCGAAGACGCCCCGAAGAAGGACAGCCUGAGAAAGGGCAGCCAGGAGCUGACCGAGGAGGACGAAUAUCUGAUCGUCGAGAAGGAGGAGGUUUACACGGAGGAUUCGGUGCAGAGCGGCGAGGGCGAGCAGAAACACGUUCUCGACGAGGCCGAGUCCGAGAAGGCGAAAAUCCUCAAGGAUGCGGAUCUCGUGAAGGAGAAAGCCUUAGAAGAGGAGGACGAGGAGGACGAGGAGGAGGAGGAGGAAGAGGAGGAGGAGGCCGAGGAGGAAGAAGAGGAAGACGGGGAGGAAGAGGAAGAGAUCGAGGAAAAGGAGAAGGAUGAAAGUGCGGAGAAGAGGCCCUCGGCGGAAUUAAAAGCGAUCGAAACGGUAACGAAAGUGGAGAAGGAGCCAUCGGCGGAAUUACCGUCGCCGGAUCAACGGGAACGGUUGCUGGAAGAGGAGACGAAAGAGACAGUCGUUUCACCGUCAGAGGUUCCGCAAAAGCCCGAGGAGAAGGACGACUCUGGGAAAAAGGACAGCGAAGAUAUUACGAAAGAACCGUCCAGUUUGAGUCCGGAUAAAUUUGACUCGUCCGAGAAGAAGACCACAGACACUGACUUGAAACCAGAAGCAGACCAGAAGGAACAAGUUCCCUCGCAGAAAUUGGAGGAGUCGCAGGAACGGAUCUCCACCAUAGAAUCCGGCGCCACCACCACGGCUCCGACUCUCCCCGAAGACGAACGAAUACCCCUCGACGAGAUAAAGGAGGACAUCGACGAGAAACACAUCGUCGAGGACGUCAAAGAGAAAGACUUUGCCCUUCCGGUGAAAAUUAAAGAAGAAGCUCCCGCGGGCGUUCCCGGUCCUGUCGUUAGCGACGAUGUUGCCGCAGUCGCUGCCGUUCAACGAGCCGCUCUUCCACCGAUCAAAUCAGACUUUUCUAUCUUCGAUGCCCGCCAAACCGUGCAGACUCUGCCACGCGACAUUGUCAAGACACCCGACGAGGUCGCCGAUUUGCCGGUUCACGAGGAAGUGGAUCCUAAACUGUACAGAAUGGAGGGCUUCGAGAAGGACAAGGAGGAGAAACCGUCGCUGCUGCCGCAGCCGCCGCCGGUGCAGCAGAUCAAAGAGCCCCCGACACCGCCGAUCAAAGAGCAAAAGGGCAUGUUCAGUUUCCUGGGAAAGGUCGCCGACAAGUUCGAGAAGGGCAUCGACAAGUUGACCAAGAAAUCGAAGAAAGACCCGGAGAAGGACGCCGAUGACAAGUCGUCUUCCAAGUCCAGCUCGCCAAAGGAGGCCAAGGUGCAGGAGAAGACUCUUCUCGAAGAGGUCGACAUGGAGAAAAUGUUCCCGAAAGUGGGCAAGCCUAGCGAAAAACUCGAAGCCCCCGAGGAAGUUGCGACAAAAGUCACCGACGCGAAACCAGCCCCCGUGACGGAAAUCGUUAAAGAUACCGUCCAAGAGACCGCGGAGAAAGUUAAAGCAAUCUCCGAGCCCAGUCCGAAACCCGAGGUCGAACUCAAGACCGUUCCAUCGGAGGACAGCGAGAAGAAGAAGAAAGAAGAACCAUCACCGGUGAUAGAGACCGAUAUCACACCUACAAAGAAAGAGGAACAAGUUGAAAAAACCGUGGAGGAGAAAGUAGAAGACGAUAUCCUCGAUACUUCGAAGAAACCUUCGAAGAAGGUGAAAGAAAGUUCCAGAGAUUCCUUCGAGUCUGUCGAGGACGAGGCUGUCGAGCAAGUUCGCAAAGCAUCGGUAAAGGACGUUGUCAGGGACACGUUGGACGGUGUGGUCGAAAAAUUGGAAGAGAUGCAGCCUCAGAUCGAAACCAAGGAACCGGAACCGGCAGCGGAACCAGCCAAAGCGAAAUUCGACGUGCCAAAAGACGAGGAUUUCGAGGCGGAACACGACGACGAAGAGAUAACAGAGGCGGUGAAGGACCUUAAGGAGGCCGUACGCGACGUGGGCGAAGUCCUCGCGGGAACAGUCGGCAUUCACAUCGACGACAAGCCCAAGGACGUCACGGAAAUCGUGAAGAAAGUUGCUGAAGUGUUGAAGGCAGACGAUUUCCUUUUGGACGAGGUGCUAUUGGGAGUCGAACGGAAGGAAACCGUGCUACCGCUCACGGCUGAAACGAAAUCUCCGGUGUCGGAGGUCGUAACAGCGAAACUCGACGAGAAGCUCGGCGUAAUUCCAACGAAAGUUGGCAUCACCGAGGAGUUUCCGCAGCAAGAAGAAGUCCAAGAGCUCAUCGAGGGAACCACAGAUUCGGUAUCGGCCUACAAACCAACCGACGCGGUACAAUUGCAACAGGCGGAAAAGCCUUGCGUGAAAAUCACUAAAGAGGACGACGCGAUCGAUUCUCUUGCACCGAAAGACAAAACAAAGGAUGAUCACGACGCCAAGGAGAUCUGCACGGAACUUUUGAAGGAAGAAUCGAUUUGUAAAGUUAAGAAAGACGAGGAACCGGAGGAGACGGCGGAACCUACGAAGGAGCUGGACGUGAUGGAGGCUGGAUUGGAAGACGUGUGCGUGAAGGAAGUUGCGAAGACACCGAUAUCCGACGAGGGAAAGAUCCCGCCGGAUAGCAUAAUAGAAGAGUCGGUGAUAGGAUUCGAGCAGAAGAUCUCGCCGGCGAAAGCGGAAAUUGUCACCGUUUCGCCCGGCUCGACGCCGACAUCGCCGAAAUUCAUAACCGACAAGCUGUACGAAACCAAAGAACUGUCCGCCGAAAUAAAGGCCAUCGUCGACAAGGUGGACCGCAUGGUGGAAGAGAUCAUCGAAGAACUUAUAACGAAGAGGAAGAAAGUCACGAUCGAGAUUAUAGAAUACAUCACGAUCGUUAAACGGGUCCCGAAGGAACGCGUAAUUUAUAUAAUCGAAGAGAUCAUCGUGAGAAAAGGACUGUCCAGGGAAGAGGUUGUCGACAACGUGGAAAUUUUGAAGCUGGAGGAAUCAAUCACGCCACAGUUGAGAACCGAGCUCGAGGAGUACAUUAUCAACGAAUACGUCACGAAAGGGAAACGCAUCACUGUUCGAAUAGUAGAGGAGAUUUCAGUGAAAAUGCUAGUCCCGAGAACGAUUAUCAUCCGAAUAAUCCAAGAGAUAAUUGUCAAGAAGAUGAUCGACGUGACCAUGGAGGAAGGCUUGUUCGAAUCGAAACCGGAAGAACCAGAGAAAGUAGCCUCCAAGUUGGAUACGAAAGAAACAGAAGAGAAGGAAUCGAUUAUAGAGAAGGCGAAAACAAAGGCGGAAUCGGUAGAGGCUAAAGAACCCGUCUCCGAGGAGCAACCGGCACAAGAAGAAGAGGAAGACGUAGAGGAGGACGGUUUCGUUACCAUCGGCAGAAAAGUUUCGAAAGGAACGAUCGAUACAGAACAGAAGACGGUGUCUCCUGAUAAGAUCGAAGACGCGAAACAUGUUAUUGAACAAGUACAUGAGAAAGACCACACCGACGACUUUGAGGCGGUCGAGCAGGAAUACAAAGUACACGACUCGCCGGUCACUUCCGGUCGCGACACGUCUCGCGACGUUUCGCCGAAAUCGGACGAGAUCAAGGAGAAGGACUAUGCGGAGGAAGUGAUCGAGGACACCGUGAGCGACGUAGUCGAAGCCGACGAAAAGUUCGUUCACGAGACGAAACAGAAAGAAGAGAAGAAAGAGUUGCACCUAGAGAAGGUAGAGCCUAAGGUGGAGUCGAAGGUGGAAACAGCGGACGCGUCGAAAUCCCUCGAUACUAUCGAAAAAUACCUCGACGAAGCGAAAGAAAAACCAGACACAAAACCCAGCGUCGAACCGGUCGAUGAAGUUGCCGUGACAGUGACGAGAAAAGAGUCCAUCGUCGGUAAAGAAGCAAGUCCUACGAAAGAGACGUUGCAAAAGGACGAAGAAAAACCAUUGGACGUGAAGGAAGCAACCCCCGUCGAGGAGAAAGUCGAUGCUGAAAUUCCAACGAUCCUGGAUAUAUCGGAAGAAGAGAAAUCCAAAGAGGAGAAGCCUAAAGUACCGAUCGAACCGGAGGUGAAGCUAGCGGACGCCACGGGAAGGGCUACCGAACCGAAACCAGAACCCGAUAAGAGAGAACCCGAGGAGAAAGAAGAUCGCAAGAGUCCCGACGAGUCGAUCGAACCAGCGAAGAUCGACAGAAAGGAUUCGAAAAUUAUCGAACCUGUGUCAUCCGCGGAGAUACCAAUCACCGUUGAAGCAGCAGAAGACACAGGCGCUGUCAGACGAAUGCUGGUCACAGCGAGCAGCGAAGAUGGCGGACACGAAACAGAAAUUUGCCCGAGCGGCAGCAUCACGUUCACAAAGACCCUUACACCGGACGAUUCUCUGAAAGACGCGUCUAUGAAAUCGACACCCGACAAGGAUUCCUUGCUUCUCGAUAAGGACUCGCUGCUGUCUGGAACAAGCAGCCCGGAGAAGGACAGUAUCUCCGAGAAAUCGCCGCCUGAAACGAAACGCGUGGAAAAAGUGACCACGCCCGAAGAUAGUUUGGACAAGUCGCCGGUGGACAGACGCGAUUCCCAAGAUCUCGAGGACAGCCUAGAGAAGGUGACCACCGUUGGAAAAGCAAAGGAGAUGGACAGCACUUCUCCUUCCAUCGACACGGACACACCGAGAUCCCCGCAACCGCCGAAGGAACUCGUAGACAAGGAGAAAACGCCCCCGAAGACCGACCACGAAGAAAAACCCUUGGACAAGGUUGAACCGAUCGAGUCAUCAACCAGCCAAGUAUCUGAUAAAACACCGGACACUAUCGAGAAAGAAGUUGCUCAGAAAACGAGCCCAGUUCCGAAAUCACCGGACCAACAGUUCGUCGAUGCAGAAACUUCGGAAACGGCCCUGGAAAUAAUCCGAGUGUCCAAGUCGCCCGAAUCGAUUCGCUCGGAGGACGUUUCCCCGGCAGAGACCAUUUUCGCGAAAUCUCCCACCGAGAAACUUCCGAAAGGCAUUAUCGAUGCAACCCCCGGAAAACCUGAGAAAGAAACGUUGACUCAGAUCGACGAAGCCACUGUUCGGGAUUCCGAAAUUAUCGAGGAGAAGGAGAUCGAUAGCAAGUCGCGAGAGAAGAGUCCCGAGACACCAGACACCAAAACAGAGGACAAAGUACCGAAGGUGGAGAAAGAAUCGGUAAAAAAAGACGAUGAGGAGUCCGUUGCUCGCUCCAAGUCGCCGAGCAUUUCCGAGGAUAAGUCUCCAAGUUUGAUUGAAAAGAAACCGGACCUACAAGACGAACCAGACAAAAGAAAAUCACCCGAGGAGACCGUUACCACCGAUUUCGCGGCUAAAGAAAAGUCUCCGACUCCGCCAAAGGAUGAGCUCGAUCAGGAGAAAGCAGUACAACAGUCGCGACCAGUCAGUAUCGAGAAAGAAGUUGUCGAGAAGAUCAAGUCACCGGUCGAUACAAAGAUUACGGAAACAGCGACAGAGAAGUCAAGAUCACCCAGCGUUACGAGCGAGACUAUGGUGCCAGAAAGGGUCUCGAAGUCCCCAAGUCCUGCUAGCGAAAAGCUCGAUUCGAAAGACGUCGAUGAGAAGACGAUUGAUAAAUCUAGAUCACCGAGCGUGGCCAGCAUUCCGGUUGAAUCCACGGAGCCAGAGGAUCGAUCCAAGUCCCCCAGCGUCGCGAAAGACAUCACCGAACAGAUGGCGGAUAAAUCGAGAUCGGCCAGCGUGGCGAGUCUUCCGGUCGAUUCCAAGGAGCCGGAAGAUGGCUCGAAAUCCCCAAGUAUCGCGAGCGAAAAGCCCGAUGACAUCAAAGACACCGCAGAUAAAUCGAGAUCGGGCAGCGUGGUCAGCGAUUUCAAAGGACCGGAGCAGGAUCGAUCCAAGAGCCCGAGCCUUACCGACGAGAAGGCUGACUUGAAACAAUUGGAGAAAUCCAGAUCGCCCAGCGCCGAGAAAGAAACGAAAGAACCUUCCGCCGUCGAUGGUAAAAAAUCACCGAGCGUCGAGAAGGAGAAGAUCGACGAGGACAAGAUUCACGCGGCAGAUGUUAAAGAGGAGUCCUUAGAGAAGGCACGAUCGCCUAGCAUAACGAGCGGCCACGAAGAACCUGUAGAAACGGAUCGUAUUCAUCGUGAAAAACGCGAUUUACGCGUCGACGAGAAAUCUAGAUCGCCUAGUUUGACCCCCAGCUUACCGGAGAAACCCACCGAUUUUGCGGAUCGAUCGAAAACACCGAGCAUCGCCAGCGAUAAAUCUGAUCUUAAGGAUGUCGCGGUCGAUAAAUCUAGAUCGCCUAGCGUAACGAGCUUGGUUUCUGGCGAACCAACGGACGUUCUCGAUACUUCCAAGACACCAAGCAUCGCUACCGAGAAACCCGAUAUUAAGCAAGUGGAUGAAAAACCGAUCGACAAGUCCAGAUCGCCUAGCGUAACGAGUCCAGCCCUCGAUGAGAAACCAGCACCGGAUCGUUCGAAAUCGCCUAGUCUGGCUGGCGAGAAAUUUGAUGAGGAAGAGGUGGAGAAAAAGUCAGAUAAAUCCAGGUCUCCCAGCGUGGUGAGCGUUUCCGGAGAACCGAAAUCACCGACGGAUCGUUCGAAAUCCCCGAGCGUUGCUGGAGAACCGCGGGAUGCGAAAGACGCCGAUCUGAAAGUAAUUGACAAAUCUAGAUCACCCAGUGUGACCAGCGUUUCCGGAGAGCCUAAAGGAGUAGUGGAUCAUUCGAAAUCGCCUAGCAUCGCUAGCGAAAAGUCUGAUUUGAAGGACGUCGACGAGCCAGUAGAAUCUAAAUCGCCUACGUUGGUCGUCGCUCCGGAACAAUUUAAAGAAAUCGAUCGUUCGAAAUCACCGAGCACCACGCCCGAGAAACCCGACGAGAAACCAGUCGAUAAAUCGAGGUCGCCCAGUGUAACGAGUUCCCUCGGCGAAUCUAAAGAACCAAUCGACCAUUCGAAAUCACCCAGCAUUAUUGGCGAAAAGCCUGACACGAAGCAGCUCGAAGAGGAGGAGGCAAUUGACAAAUCCAGAUCACCUAGCGUAAUAAGCGUUCCCGGGGAAUCGAAGGAAACGAUCCCCGAUCAUUCCCGUUCGCCAAGCACCACCACAGAAAAACCGGACAUAAAAGACGUCGAGGAGUCGAAAGAUACGCUGGAUCGUUCGAAGUCGCCUAGCAUUGCUGGCGAAAAGACUGAUUUAACGGACAUCGGUGCAAAGGAGAUUGAUAAGUCUCGAUCACCCAGCGUAACGAGCGUUUCCGAGGAGGCCAAAGCACCGACGGAUCAUUCGAAAUCACCGAGCAUCGCUGGAGAAAAACCUGAUUUGAAAGGCGUUGACGAGAAGCUGGAAGACAAAUCUAGAUCGGCCAGUGUGAUCAGUAUCGGUGAAAGUCAGGAAGGUAAGAAAGAUUCGAAAUCACCGAGCACCGCUACAAAGAUACUCGAUUUGGUCGACGUGGACGAAAAAGUUAUCGAUAAGGUUAAAUCACCCAGUACAACUAGCUCUCCUGGCGAGACGAAAGAAACAGUGGAUCCAGAAAAAUCACCGCCGAGCAUCACUGAUGUAAAACACGUCGAAGAAAAGGCAGAUAAGUCUCGAUCGGGCAGUGUGGUUGGGCUGGAUCAUUCUAGAUCGCCAAGCAUCGCGGGCGAAAAGAUUGAUUUAGCAAUCGAUGAUAAAUCUAGAUCGCCUAGCGUGAUCAGCGUUCCCGGAGAAGGGAAGGAAAUACCAGAUCGUUCCAAGUCACCAACCCCUAUCACCGAUAAAUCAGACUCGAAACAAGUUGAGGAUAAACAGGAGGAAAAGUCGAAAUCGCCUAGCGUGACGAGCUCCCCCGUCGAGGCGAAAGAACCGAUAGAUCGUGAAAAAUCACCGAGCAUCGAUAAAUCUCGAUCGGCCAGCGUGGCAAGCACAUUGGGCGAGGCCAAGGAAACGGAUCGUUCGAAAUCGCCGAGCAUUGCUGGCGAAAAGCCUGAUGUUAAAGACGUCGAAAAGGACGAAAAGGAGAUCGAGAAAUCACGAUCACCGAGCGUCGCUGGAGAAUUGUCCGAUCUGAAGGACGUCGAUAAAAAAUCAACCGACAAGUCUGGGACGCCUAGUGCAACCAGUUCUCCUGGCGAGGCAAAGGAAACAUUGGAUCGAGAAAAAUCACCGAGCAUUGUUGGUGAUAAGAAGCCUGAUGCAAAGGAUGUGGACGAAAAGGAGGUCGAAAAAUCUCGAUCCCCGAGCGAGCCGAGUCUUUCCGGCGAAACUAAAGACGCUCCAGAUCAUUCGAAAUCACCAAGCAUCGCUGAUGAGAAGCCAUGUUUAAAGGAGGUUGACGAAAAAGUUGAGAAAUCCAGAUCGCCUAGCGUGACUAGUCCUGCCGACACCAAAGAAACACCACAGCAUUCGAAAUCACCGAGCAUCGCCGGUGAAAAAUCUGACUUAAAGGAUGUCGAAGAAAAGGCGGCGGUCGAUGACCUGACCAGAUCACCUAGCGUAACAAGCGUUGUCGAAGAACCGAAACAAGUCCCGGAUCGUUCACCUACCACCACCGACGAAAAACCCGAUGUUAAGGAAGUCGAUGAGAAAACGAUCGACAAGUCUAGAUCGGCCAGUCUGACGAGCCCCGUUCUCGACGAGAAACUAGUACCGGAUCGUUCGAAAUCGCCUAGUAUUGCUGGCGAAAAGGACGUCGACGAUAAGAAGGCGGUUGAAAAAUCCAGAUCACCCAGCGUGACAAGCGUUUCCGGGGAUACGAAAGAAGCAGCGGAUCGUUCGAAAACUCCGAGCACCACGACCGAAAAACCAGAAUUAACCGACGUCGAGGAGAAAGCACCGUCUGAAAAAUCUAGAUCGCCUAGCGUUGCUGGAGAAUCGAAAGAACCGGAAGAUCGUUCGAAAUCUCCGAGCAUCGCGGAUGUUAUCAAAGACAUUGACGACAAGACGUUGACGGUUGACAAAUCCAGAUCGCCUAGCGUGAUUAGCGUUGCUGGUGAAUCGAAGGAAGUCCUGGAUCGUUCAAAGACACCGAGUACCACCGAAGAAAAGCCCGAUUUGAAGGACGUCAAGUCCAGAUCACCUACCGCGAGUCCAACUAGCGACAGUCCCACCAAGGAGACACUGGUCACUUCGAAGCCAGAUAGCGUUGCUAGCGAAAAAUCUGAUACAAAGGACGUGGACGACAAGGCUGUCGAGAAGUCCAGAUCACCUAGUGUAACUAGCGUUGCUGGGGAACCAAAGGAAGCCCUGGACCGAUCGAAAACACCGAGCACCACCGACGAGAAACCCGAUUUAAAGGAAGUUGACAAGUCUAGAUCUGUUACCGUGAGCCCUACUAGCGACGCUAAGGAAACACCGGUUCCAUCGAAGCCAGCGAGCGUUGCUAGCGAAAAAUCUGACACGAAGGACGUGGACGACAAGGCUGUCGAGAAGUCUAGAUCACCUAGUGUAGCUAGCGUUGCUGGGGAACCAAAGGAAGCCCUGGACCGAUCGAAAACACCGAGCACCACCGACGAGAAACCCGAUUUAAAGGAAGUUGACAAGUCUAGAUCUGUUACCGUGAGCCCUACUAGCGACGCUAAGGAAACACCGGUUCCAUCGAAGCCAGCGAGCGUUGCUAGCGAAAAAUCUGACACGAAGGACGUGGACGACAAGGCUGUCGAGAAGUCUAGAUCACCUAGUGUAGCUAGCGUUGCUGGGGAACCAAAGGAAGCCCUGGACCGAUCGAAAACACCGAGCACCACCGACGAGAAACCCGAUUUAAAGGAAGUUGACAAGUCUAGAUCUGUUACCGUGAGCCCUACUAGCGACGCUAAGGAAACACCGGUUCCAUCGAAGCCAGCGAGCGUUGCUAGCGAAAAAUCUGAUACAAAGGACGUGGACGACAAGGCUGUCGAGAAGUCUAGAUCACCUAGUGUAGCUAGCGUUGCUGGGGAACCAAAGGAAGCCCUGGACCGAUCGAAAACACCGAGCACCACCGACGAGAAACCCGAUUUAAAGGAAGUUGACAAGUCUAGAUCUGUUACCGUGAGCCCUACUAGCGACGCUAAGGAAACACCGGUUCCAUCGAAGCCAGCGAGCGUUGCUAGCGAAAAAUCUGACACGAAGGACGUGGACGACAAGGCUGUCGAGAAGUCUAGAUCACCUAGUGUAGCUAGCGUUGCUGGGGAACCAAAGGAAGCCCUGGACCGAUCGAAAACACCGAGCACCACCGACGAGAAACCCGAUUUAAAGGAAGUUGACAAGUCUAGAUCUGUUACCGUGAGCCCUACUAGCGACGCUAAGGAAACACCGGUUCCAUCGAAGCCAGCGAGCGUUGCUAGCGAAAAAUCUGAUACAAAGGACGUGGACGACAAGGCUGUCGAGAAGUCUAGAUCACCUAGUGUAGCUAGCGUUGCUGGGGAACCAAAGGAAGCCCUGGACCGAUCGAAAACACCGAGCACCACCGACGAGAAACCCGAUUUAAAGGAAGUUGACAAGUCUAGAUCUGUUACCGUGAGCCCUACUAGCGACGCUAAGGAAACACCGUUUCCAUCGAAGCCAGCGAGCGUUACUAGCGAAAAAUCUGACACGAAGGACGUGGACGACAAGGCUGUCGAGAAGUCUAGAUCACCUAGUGUAGCUAGCGUUGCUGGGGAACCAAAGGAAGCCCUGGACCGAUCGAAAACACCGAGCACCACCGACGAGAAACCCGAUUUAAAGGAAGUUGACAAGUCUAGAUCUGUUACCGUGAGCCCUACUAGCGACGCUAAGGAAACACCGGUUCCAUCGAAGCCAGCGAGCAUUACUAGCGAAAAAUCUGACACGAAGGACGUGGACGACAAGGCUGUCGAGAAGUCUAGAUCACCUAGUGUAGCUAGCGUUGCCGGAGAAUCGAAGGAAGUCCCGGAUCGUUCAAAGACACCGAGCACCACCGAAGAAAAGCCCGAUUUAAAGGAAGUCGACAAGUCCAGAUCUCCUACCGCGAGUCCUACCGGUGACACUAAGGAAACACCGAUUGCUUCAAAGACACCGAGCUCCACCGAGGAGAAACCCGAUUUGAAAGACGUGGACGAUAAAGUGGUCGAUAAAUCUAGAUCACCUAGUGUAACGAGCGUUCCUGGAGAAUCGAAAGUGACUCCGGAUCGAUCGAAGACACCGAGCACCACCGAAGAGAAACCCGAUUUGAAGGACGUGGACGAUAAAGCGGUCGAUAAAUCUAGAUCACCUAGCGUAACGAGCGUUCCUGGAGAAUCGAAAGUGACUCCGGAUCGAUCGAAGACACCGAGCACCACCGAGGAGAAACCCGAUUUGAAAGACGUGGACGAUAAAGUGGUCGAUAAAUCCAGAUCACCUAGCGUAACGAGCGUUCCUGGAGAAUCGAAAGUGACUCCGGAUCGAUCGAAGACACCGAGCACCACCGAAGAGAAACCCGAUUUGAAAGACGUGGACGAUAAAGUGGUCGAUAAAUCUAGAUCACCUAGCGUAACAAGCGUUCCUGGAGAAUCGAAAGUAACUCCGGAUCGAUCGAAGACACCGAGCACCACCGAGGAGAAACCUGAUUUGAAAGACGUGGACGAUAAAGUGGUCGAUAAAUCUAGAUCACCUAGCGUAACAAGCGUUCCUGGAGAAUCGAAAGUGACUCCGGAUCGAUCGAAGACACCGAGCACCACCGAGGAGAAACCCGAUUUAAAAGAAGUCGACAAGUCCAGAUCUCCUACCGCGAGUCCUACCGGUGACACUAAGGAAACACUGAUUGCUUCAAAGACACCGAGCACCACCGAAGAGAAACCCGAUUUGAAAGACGUGGACGAUAAAGCGGUCGAUAAAUCUAGAUCACCUAGCGUGAUAAGCGUUGCUGGAGAAUCAAUUGAAGCUGUAGAUCGUUCGAAGACACCGAGCACCACCGCGGAAAAGCCCGACUUGAAAGACGUGGACGAUGAUAAAGCAGUCGAUAAAUCUGUAUCGCCUGGCGUAAGAAGCGUUACUCCAGAAUUGAAAGAUUCAUUGGACCGUUCGAAGACACCAAGCACUACCGAGGAGAAACCCGACUUAAAAGACGUGGAUGAAAAGAUCGACAAGUCCAGAUCACCCAGCAUAUCGAGCGUUCUCGGUGAAACGAAGGAAGUUCUGGAUCGUUCCAAGACCCCGAGCACCACUACCGAGAAACCCGAUAUCAACGAAGUCGAUGAGAAAUUGAUCGAUAAGUCGAGAUCGCCCAGCGUGACGAGUUCCCUCGGCGAAUCGAAAGACGCGAUAGAUCGAGAGAAAUCACCGAGCAUCACCGAGGAAAAGCCAGAGGUAAAGGAGCAGGUCGAAGAUCAGCCGGAGAAAUCUAGAUCAGCCAGUGUGGCGAGCGUUCAUGGGGAAACAAAAGAUGCGAAAUCUCCUAGCAUUACCGAUAAACUCGACGAGUCGAGAUCGCUUGGCGUAACAGGCUCCACCGUCGACGACAAACGAACGCUGGAUCAUCCGAAAUCACCGAGCAUUGCCGACGAAAAACUUCACUUGGCAGACGUCGACGCGAAGACGUUUGAUAAAUCUAGAUCGCCUAGUGUGACGAGCAUUUCCGGAGAGCCUAAACGCGACGCGGAUCAUUCAAAGUCACCGAGCGUUGAAAAAUCCGAAUUAACAGAUAUCGAGGAAAAGGCGGCUGAUAAAUCCAGAUCGCCGAGCGUUACCGGGGAAACGAAAGAAGCUCUUUCAAAGUCACCGAGCACCACUACCGAGAAACCCGAUUUAAUGGACGUUUGCGAUAAAGCGGAGAAGUCGAAAUCACCUAGUCCUGCCAGCGACACGAAAGAAACUCUGGCCCAUUCCAAGUCACCGAGUAUAACCAGUCCUGCCAGUGACACGAAAGACACUCUGGCUCAUUCGAAAUCGCCUAGCGUUACCAGCGAGAAGCCUGACACCAAGGACGUCGACGAAAUGACGAUCGGGAAAUCUAGAUCAUCCAGCGUGAUAAGCGUUCCCGAGGAUUUAAAAGAAUCUACGGAUCGUUCGAAAUCGCCGAGUACUACCCCCGAGAAACCUGAUUUGAAAAUUGCCGAGGAAACAGCAGCCGACAAGUCGAGAUCUCCUAGUAUAACGAGCUCUGCUGUCGAUAAAAGUCAUUCAAAAUCACCGAGCAUUGCUGGCGAGAAGGUCGAUUUAAUGGACGUCGAUGAACAAGCAACCGAUAAGUCUAGAUCCCCCAGCGUGACGACCGUUUCCGUGGAGUUGAAAGAAGAUCGAUCCAAGUCAUCAGAUUUAAAAGAAACCGAUACGUCUCCGGGCGAUUCGAAGGAUACGCUCGACCGUUCGAAGCCUGCUAGUGUCGGCAGCGACAAGUCCGAUCUAAAAGACGUCGAGGAUAAGGCAGUCGAUAAAUCUAGAUCCGCCAGCGUGAUCAGCGUUCCCGGUGUUUCCGAGGAAACGUUAGGUCUGAAAGACACGUCGAGAUCGCCGAGCGCGACCAGCAUCACCAGCGAGUUCAAAGACGCGACGGAUCGUUCCAAGUCACCGAGCAUCCCUGGCGACGAAAUCGAUCUAAGAGACGUCGAUACAAAAGUUGUCGAUAAAUCAAAACCGGCCAGCGAGGCGAGCGUUCACGAAGAACCCGUGUUAGAUCGUUCGAAAUCUCCGAGCGUAGCCGACGAAAAAUCGGUCGCUGGAACGAGAUCUCCUAGCCAGACUAGCGAUCUAGGAGAACCGAAAGUGCCUACCGAUGAAAAAUCGGAUUCGAAGGAAUCCGCGGAGAAAGUGAUCGAUAAGUCGAGAUCACCAAGCGUGAGCCAAAUUUCGAAAGAAUCCAAGGAGUCGCCGCCACCGCCGCCGCCGCCAAAAUCGCCGAGUCCGGAUGAAAUCGAGGACGCCAGCAAGUCAACAGGACCUGUUUCCGCCCUCGAGGAACUGAAAAAGAGAACCGUGGAAGAAGAUGUUCAAGUAUCGAGUUCACAGACGGGCGAUCAAACGGCCAAGGAUAGAUCCCGAUCGCAGAGCGUUCAAUAUACAGGAGACAAGACACCUUUGACGAGAUCGAGAGCCGCGAGUAUAUUCGAGGAGAAGCCGUGCCCCGCGGAAACGGAAAAAACCGCUGGAAAAUCGUUGGACGAGGAAAAGGAAGCGUCCUCGUCUUCCGAGGCGUCGGCCAAGGCAGAGGAUCUUACAACAAUCAGCAUCGCUGCUACGAAAGCGAUCGAGAAAGAGCUGGGAAUUAUGUACGAGACGGAGAAAGCAACGAGCGCUGCAAGAGUCGGUACCAGGGCCGAUAUCGAUCAAGAAGACGAGCGAGAGGACAUCGUGAAAGUGACAUUCGAGAAGAGGGCGGCCGUGUUGAAACAUAUUUUCGAUUAUAUAAGUAGGAGGAAAAAGAUUACAACCGCCGUGAUAGAGGAAUUGGUUAUGAUUUAUUCGGUGCCAGAGUUCGUGGUACUGGAUAUCAUAAAUAUGAUCACUACGAGCGGUAACAUACGCAGAGAAUCGAUCGUAGACUUUGAAGAGGAAGAGGAGGAGGAUGCUGCGAUGGAUCCCAAACAACGAUCCGAAAUUGAAAACUAUUUAACGGACGAGUUUGUUGUUAAGGGUAAGAAAAUCACGUCGGCCGUUUUCGACGAAAUUUCCGCGUUGAAAAACGUGCCGCGAACGAUUCUUAUAACCAUCGUCAAAGAGAUGAUCGUUAAGUAUCAUCUGGUGAGAAGUUCGAUAAUCGACAACGAGGUAGAGAAACUUUGCGAAGAAGAUGAGACGCGAACGGCGUCGAAGGAGAGUUUCAUGGAGCUGUCGGUGGCGCAGGAUGACCAAUCGAGAGACAGAAAAGAGGCGAGCGGCGGUUCGAAAAGUCCCAGCUUGAGCUCGGAACCGAUCGCGUCCGACAAAUCCACGCAAGACAGUCCCGUUCGUUCCGAGCCGCACAUCGACGAGGAAAUCUCGAUCUCGGAAGAGAAGAGGACGGAAAUCGAGAAACUGUUGGAGGAAGAGUACAUCAAGAAGGGGAAGAAAAUCACGGAAGAGAUCUUGGAAGAGGUGAUCGUUCGAACCUCGUUGCCUCGAUACAUUAUUUUGGAGAUAAUCGAGGAAAUAAUCAUAAAGAGGAAAAUAUCGAGGGAGCUGGUGGUCGACGGGGAGAUCUACCAAGACGGGGCGGACGAGAGUUACGAGAAGGACGAUUAUCGUUACGAGAAGUCUCCGGAACCCCGAUACGAACUCGCGGAUGACGGGAUUAAAUCGUCUUACGGUUACAAAGUGGCCGAGUACUCGGAUGCCCGCGGAAAGCAGUUGGAUACGUCGAUGUCCGACUAUCCGAUGGGUUACGAGAGCCAGUUUCACAAAGCGUUCGUAGGUGGAAUGACAGAGAUUCGUACCACCCACAUCACGACGCUCUCAGGUAAAUCAACGCCGGACAUAACUCGCGACGGAACGCCAGACUCGACUUCCGAACCCACCGCCUCCACCGUCGAAAGAGUCGAGGAUAAAUUGAUGGUCGACGGUAGCAAGUCGUCCGAUGUACGCGUGUCGCCGGACAAAGCCGGAAUUACGUGCCCUGUCGAAACGGCGGAGAUUAAAUCCACGCAAAUAGUCACCGUAUUAAAAGACAGCAAGAUCGGGGAGCCGGAAGACGAGUCUGAUAAAACGAAACCAGAAUUGGACCAGCCGGACAAACCGUUGACGGUAGUAAAAAGAGUGGAACGGUCCGAGGACGUGUCCGACGACGAAGUGAUCGUAAUUAAAAAGAUCGUGAAACGAGAAGUGGUGGACGAACAGGAGCCCGAGAUAAUUUCGGAGACCAUCACGAAGCGAGAAAUUCCGGCCCAGGGCGAUCCCGAGACCAUUCGAAAGAUCAUCAAGCGAGAGAUCAUCGAGCAAGACGAACCGAUUGUGAUAACAAAAGUGAUAAAACGCGAGAUCGUCGUUCCCGAGGGCGAAAUCGACGAGACGAAGGAGUCGGAAAGAGCGAAAGAGAUCGUGACCGAGGAAAUUGUUCCGGAGACUAUGGAAACGAUUACGACCAGAACGAAAAAGAUCGUGAUUACCGAGGAGUCGUCGGAGAGCGAAACAACGAAAGGAUCGACGACGACUGUUCUCGGUAGUGGUGUCGCGGAGGGAAAACGAGAAGGUGGGGAAGAAACGAUCGAGGAAACCGCCGUCGUCUCGACGGAGGCGAAGCAAAAGGAUAGACAGCCAAUGUCUCCUCUGGUUCGGGACAUCGUGUCCGACGUGGCCGCUAGCGGCAGCGGAUCCGGAAGAUCCACGCCGGACAGAAGAUCCGAGGGCAGAUCAUUGACGGGAACGCCGGAAGGUUUCCGAUCGGGCGAGGUGAUCAGAACGAUCAUCACGACGACGAAGACGGUCUCGGACGACGGGGAGAUCGUGACCACGACCAGGGAAGUAACGGAGACGACCAACGAGAAAGGCGAGACGGUCGUGUUGGCGGAGAAGGUAGACGUAAAGGUGGACGAGUAUCUGCCUAGCAAAGAUGCCGCCGAAUCGGCGAUCAGCAGCAUAAUCGGUAGCAUGAAAUCGUCCGAGCCGGGGCACUAUUCUUCCGCGAGCGACACCCAGGAAAUGUCGGGUAAGGGGGACGCGUCGUCGUCGUCGGUCGGAUUCUCCGCGGCUGCGAUGAGCAGCAGCUUCUACGGCGAGCUGCCCGCCGUUCCGCCUCAGAUCAGUGCCAUGAAGACAUUCCAGGAAGACGUUGAGACCGGCGCGCGCAAGAGCUCCGGUCCGAUUCCGAUACCCAGCGAUCACCCCUCGAAAAUGUUCACCGUAGAGAAGGAAUACGAGGACAAGCCGGACGCCGCGAGCAAGUACGUCGACGAGCCGGACUUCGACUUCAAGACUCUGAUGAAGCGCAAGGAGUCGAAAGAUUCCGCCGAGUCGUCGUUCGCCAGAGGAUUGUCGCCGAGAUACACGAACGGCAGUGUCCGACAAGACGUGACCGACGAGCACGCGGACCAAAGUACCGAGGACGCGAAGCCCGACGCGAAGAAAGACCCGUUGGAAGGUUGGGGAACGCCUUUGGGCCUUCCGUCUCCCAAACCGCCGCAAAAGUUCAAUUUUAAGACUACCGUGCAGCCCUCGGACUCCACCGAACUCGGUACGACCUCCAACAACGACGCCAGACAGAACUUCGACGCCACCGUCGACUGGGGUGAACCGCUCAGGCUGCCUUCCCCAGCUCCAGUGACCAAUGAGAUUUCCAACAAAGGCACGCCGAGCACUCCCAAGAAGGAGAAGAAACAGGCGAGGAAGGUGCUGUCCGAGAAUCUCAAGAACAAGAAACGCUCCGAGAGUCCGGCGAAGAACGAGAAGAAGAUCAAAGACUCGAAGAACAAGAUCCAACCGGUCUACGUGGACUUGACCUACGUACCGCAUUACGGAAACUCCUACUACACGUCGUUGGAUUUCUUCAAGAGAGUUCGCGCCAGAUAUUACGUGUUCAGCGGCACCGAGCCAAGCCGAGAAGUGUACGACGCUUUGCUGGAGGCCAAGAAGACUUGGGAAGACAAGGAUCUCGAAGUGACCAUAAUACCAACCUACGACACGGACACUUUGGGCUAUUGGGUUGCCGACAACGAGGAGGUUCUCGCUACGAACCAUAUCGACCUCUCGCCGUCGGCGUCCCGGUGCACGAUCAACCUCCAGGACCAUGAGACUAGCUGCAGUGCCUACAGACUCGAAUUCUAGGGAUUGGCAGCCUGCUCAGCCGUAAUAGUCGAGUUCUGAGCGGUGUCCAGAAAAUACACCAUCGCUUCGUUUCUGGACUCGUUUCCAUGAAAUAUCGAGGCGCCGCGAACCGCCGUCCCUACUAUACACCUACCGAGUUCCUCGAAUUUCGACAAAUCCUACAAACAGGCUACACCAUGUUCGUUCAGAGAUCGAUCGCGAUGCCCCAUCGCGGUCUUGCGGAGUUUCGUAGUUUAUACCGGGCAGAAGAAAUUACCCUCACACUUUAUCGCACGAAUUCUAGCCAGAUUUAUUCGUAGAUUUAGGUAACCGAACUCUACCGAUCUUUUCUUCCUCGCUCCUUCGAUUUACCGUUGUUCCGCCUCGAACCCGCGUUACAAAAAAACAAAAGAAAAAAAAGAUGAACGUUAAAGCUAAAACAACGGUAAAUAUAGGACGUGAAAAUUAUCCCUUCUUCCCGCCCGUGUACGAUCUACGAACUCGCCUCUGGGUAAAGAAAAUAAUUAGCCUACGGUGUCUAUCGUUUAAUGAUCAAUUUCUAAAGAUGCCAGUUACCUGGAAUGGCCGAACAGAGAGUAUGCGUCUGGACGCAUUACUGCCAGAGCAAGGAAUAAAGGGAGAAACCUAAGAAGCAAAGGGCUGUGAAAGAUCCGAAGCUCGACGUUUGCAAGAUGAACAAAACGAAACCUACGAUCGAUUCCAGAGCCUAGUCACGAUCACCGCAUCGGAUGUAUCCUAAAAAAUCGACGCAGAAUAUUACAGUUUCAUUAAACGGAAUCCACUAUCCGCCAUUAGUAUUCGUCGGGAAUACGAAGAGAUGUUCGUCAUCGCGAAACAAAUACCCUUUUAUAUUUCGAAACGUUUGCCGCUUUAAGAGGUCAGUGGGUCACUAGAAAAGGAGUCUAGGGAUAUCGAAGCAGACAGGAACUAGGCAACGGUCGAUAAUAUGAACACUGUACACGACAGAAGAAAUACAGGGUGUCAACGACUAAAAAAAAAGUAAGACCGACGAUGAAGAAAGACGAUUCUUCGUCGACUGCUUUAAUGUUUCGGAGGGCAAUAGGUCGAUUCGAAUUUUAAUCGAAUUUAUCCGAUUCGCGAUUAACGGUCAACUUUCUCGUGGUAAAUGUCUAUUCGAGUAUAGAUAAACGACUAUAUGCAUCGUCAAGUAUUAGAUAGGAAUUAUCUAUGCAGUGUUUCUAUACUAUAGAGAAUAGAAAUACACAGUCGUAAGUUUUAAAGGAUGAGCUUCGAUGGUCGUUAAUAAUCGAAUAGAUUUAGAUGGAAAAUCAAACCAGUGACGCGUUAAUGAUUGCGAAUGUAAAUGUUCCAUUCCGAUAAAUUAUUCGAGCCCGUACAGAGGUGAUCUGCUGAAAGGGAUUCUUCUUCUCGCGCCGAAGGAAGUUCAAGUGUCGGAAUAAAUAAUCGAGACGGCGAUAAAUUCGUACAAUAUUCAUCCAAUGGACAAAGUCCACGUUCGAUAAUUUUAUUGGGGCGAAAAUCUCUGUUCAAUCACGACCCGUUCAACCGGAGACGCGUUCCAAACAGAGUUGAUCGCCCCUAACCAUACAAUCCGUUCGUAGGCGUUUUCUAGAAGCCGAUCGUCUCGUUUCUAGUGAAUCAGAAUGCCACGUUUCAAAACGAGAUAUGAGAAAUGUUUAAAAUGCGCACCAUUUGCCUCUUUGAUCACGACCCGUUUAAUCCGAGACGCGUUCCAAACAGAGUUGUUGGUCCUCCCGUAACCAUACGAUCCGUUCGUAGGCGUUUUCUAGAAGCCGAUUGUUUCGUUUCUAAUAAAUCGGAAUGCCACGUUCGAGAAUGAGAAAGUUAUGAAUUAAAAACGCGCCGCACCAUUUUUCAGAUUAGACCAAAACGGCGCGAUCUAUCGCGGUGUCGUGUCGUGUCAUGUCGUACCGAUCAUGAGAAUCGUACGAGACCUGUAUGACGUUCGUUCGAUCAACGAAUAAUUCGCUGACCUGAGAUAUCUCCUGAGAAUGCGCAGACUCCGAUAUUUUCUCCUGAAGGAAUUAUUAAAUAUUUCGUUGGUCGCUGUUAUCCCGCGAGAGAGACGAGACGAGACUGGUUCGGUCUCGUAGCAGAGAAAUUUAAAUUUAUUCAGAUUUUUCUACUUACGUACAUGUCUCUUCGUUACACAAAAUACACGUUCUGUUGACCAACGAUCGAUACCGGACAAAUUCUACGAGAACAAGAGACAAUGAUGCUACAAUACUUUUAACAACGAUGAUAAUGAUAACGAUGAUGCUGACUAUGGGUUUAAAUACGUAUAACGAUUAACGUCUAUGAACGCGAGACUAAAACUGAAAACGGUUUCACGGUACUUCAUCUGAAACGUGAUGACUAAUAUUUAAUAUUUCGAUUAUUAUUAUUAUUAUUAUUAUUAUUACUACCGUUAGUAGUAGUAGAAUUCGUCAUCGUUACUCUCACCGCCAAUAUAACCAUCGCAUUAUUACUAUUAUAUCUCGGUACCGCUGGCACCACGAUCGUUAUCGUUGUUACUUUUCUUAUCGUUAUCAUCGUCGUUGAUAUUGGUACCACCAUUACUAUUGCUAUUGCUGUUACUGUUGUUGCUGCUGUUCUUUUCGCGACGAACAACGCCACCGUCGCCUAUCAUUACGAGAGACGAUUAUUAACGAGAGAAAAGUUUCAUUACUCGUGAAUGAAAAAGUUAGGAAAGUAAAUGUGUGAUGACGACGAAGCAUGUACCUAUGUAUUUAUGUAUUAUUUAUUGACAAGUAAUAAAGACCAGCUAUUUAGGUAGGAUGUUAAAAUUAUGAAAUCGAAUUUAACGGAUACGAGAGACAUAAAUAAAUGAAUAAAACUAUUAUCGAUACGUAAUGAACGAUCGAAGGCACACGUCGACGAGUAUGUGAAAAAUAAGAGACGAAUUUAAAUUGAAGGGAGGAAGAGUAUAAAUAUUGAGAACGAGCUUUCACUAAGACAGUUUAGAACAAAUACGAAGGUGAGAUGAAUAAAAUAUAUAUACACACACACACAUACGUACACAGACACACACACACGCAAAUAAGUAUACAUAUAUGUGUCUAUAUUUAUAAAAAUAUGUACAUGUAUAUGUAUAUGCAUAUGUAAUACGGAUGCAAGGGCAAAAGAAAAUAGAAACAAACUUAAUUGUGCAAAAAAAAGAAAUAACGAUAAAGAAUUACGAAAUGUGAGCCUCGACACCUGUACGAACCCCUAAAACGCGGUGCUUAUCGGGUGUGAGAACGGUGAUAGGAUUUUAUUUGAAUAUCUAUUUAAAAAGCCGGCUGAUGUUUCUUUCCGAUUAAACACGUGUUCCGACUCUCGAAUUUAACGGGGUAAAUGUUCUCGUUCGGUCUUGACGUUCGUGUUCUAUGUUUUCCUAAAUCCAAACGUUUCUCAACUAAUUUCAGACCCGAUCGAAUAACACGGUCAAAUAGUCGGUGUUCUCGAAUGAAAGCAAUCUACAUUCUAUGGCACGAUAGAUCAGAGUACGUUAACUGUCGGGUACGCCAAGGUUCUAGUCAGAAAAAUAUCGUUUCCUAAUGUUAAAAAAAAAGUCAUCUAGUCAUUCACAGGCGGGUCCUCUGUCCUUAACGAGAUUGCACCACAAACAUAAGCGACUGCAGUCUUUCACGAUUAUAUAUUAUUCAAGUCGCGGUUCUCACCCCUUGAAGCGCAUC